GUAUCUGUACGAUGGAGUGAUGCUGCAGAAGUAACGUGGCGAACCAAACCAGUAGCCUGAAAUAUUCUUAAAUGAUUGAACACGAAGUCAUCCAAACGACAUGUCAUCCCGAUUAUACUUCCUGGCCGUCUGUUUCGGUUGUCUCAUUGUUGCGGCAAUAAUCAGCUUCACACGAAUUUACUCUGUCAUCUGCCAUAGAAGUGAAUCAGUACUCAACUACCAAGGGAAGUCACUUGCUUUGAAGCAGCAACAAAGGCAGCGUCCUCAAGGAGGAGUUGAUUCUUCCAGUGUUGACAGGUGUUAUACGAUCUCCUCUGACUGGGUGCAGCAUUUGAAACCAAACAAUGAAUUAAAUUCACUUGGAUGUAAACAGAAAUUACCCAAAGUACUCAUCAUCGGCGCUAGAACAUCAGGUACUCGAUCUCUCAAUAGGCUUUUAGGAUUCCACCCACAGCUUGCUACCGCAGCUUACGAAGUGAAGUUCUUUGAUAAGAACUUUAAUCGUGGAUUAGAAUGGUACAAAAGUCAAAUGCCUUUCAGUUUGCCCGGUCAAUUAACAAUAGAGUCGACAGAAGGUUAUGUGUAUCAUCGGAACGCUUCUUUAAGGGUUUCAAAGACUCUUGGAGAUGAUGUCAAAAUCAUCAUGAUGUUGCGUGAUCCUGUAGCAAGGUCUAUUUCUGACUAUCUUCUAACUCAUCAACGGAUCCACGAUUCUAAAAUGACUUCUGCACACUACAAGCGUAUCUUUAAAGAAUCUCGAUCAAUAGAUCGUCUGCUCGUCAGCGGUAAAGGUAAGCAUGGCAGGAGAGGUUCAACAAAGAUGUCUUACACUGUAGAAAAUACUUUCGAAAAAACAGUUCUGAGAAGCCCUGAUCAAGUCUCACAUAAAAACAUUUUCAUUGCUGAUAGUCUGUAUGUGUACUACUUGAGGAGUUGGGUCAAGAAAUUAAUGGCAAACCAUGUCCUUACGGUAAACGCAGAAAUAUUUGCCAGAAAACCAUAUGAAGCCGUGGCUAAAGUCGAAGAAUUUCUCGGUGUAAAACCAUUUUUCAAACCGGAUUACUUCAGGUUUGAUAUGAAUACCAGUACAUUCUGUCUUCAAAAACCACAGUCAAUAUGUAUGCCACGCUUGCCUGUGGAUUACCCAGUGAUUAGUGAGGCUACCAUAACAAAACUUCGGGGACAUUUUGAGAACAGUUGUCGAUAUCUUUUCCUUCUCCUAAAACAUUACGUGGAAGUUAUAGGGGAUAUUCCCCUUAAUUACCACCCUAUUGAGUAAUUAAGAUCUGAUCCCUUUCUUCUAUGGUUCAAAUAGGGCCUCCAUUAAAUUGUUGAAAUUUGUAUAUUUGGCUGUAAAUAAUUUUCUA